AUGUGGUCGAUGCUCCAGUCGAUGCUCCAUCCAACGGCUCUUCGAUCGAGCCAUGAUCGCUGCCUCCGUCGUCUUUCCGGUGGAUGGCUCCAAUCGAGCUCAGAAAAUGGAGCGCCGGAGACAAAGCAAGUUAUGCGCCGGGCCGCGAGGAAAGCGAUCCAACAAAAGGAGCCGCUAGAGGAAGGAACCGAGGAAUACCAGGCGCUUCUUCAAGAAGCCAGGGACCAUCACUCAGAGUGCCCGGUUUUCAAAGAUCCUGAGCUCGGCCAGCUCACCGUGCUGAACCUCUACAACCCCGAUAAGAGGUUCAAGGCGAUACCACAGGAGGUUGGAUCCAAGACAAAGAUGGCCAAGCACCUCUUCCACAACUACCUCUGA